UUGUGUGUCUUUAUUGGAGAGUUGCUUGUUUAGGUCUUCUGCCCAUUUUUGGAUUGGGUGGCUUUUUUUUGUUGUUACUAGGUUGCAUGAGCACACUGUGCUUCUAAUAAAGUCAGGUUUUUUUGCAGAGAGAGCUUUGGUGCUCUGUUUUAUGACCUACCUCUCCCCUGGGCAGAGUCUCUGAGCCACAACUCUGGAGCUGGGGGCAAGGAUAGUGGCACCUGUCUCUGAAUGUUGCUGCUGCCUUAUAAAGAAGGCAGUAGCCUCUGGCCUUGCUGGCUUGCCUCUCCCAGUGUGGAGCCUUCUCCUUAGGAAUGAGCUGGGACUUUAGCAGUUGGGCUCUCGCAUUGCCAGACUGCUGGAGCUGAGUUAGAACUUCUGCCCUAGGAGUAGGGGCUGGUGAAAGGAGGGAAACCAGCCUCUCUGCUACACUCAGCUGGGAUUUAGCCUCUACACUAUGGAGCUGGAAGUGGAACUCCACUAAAUGAGUUUUAGUCUCAACUAUGGAAAACGAAAGCAAGAAAGAAACUUUUGGAAUUCAGACUUUUUAAAAUUUUAAACUGGAGAUAAGGGAUAGUGAGCCUGCAUUAAUAUUUGCACCAGACAGUCUUGGAAGAGGUUGCAUAUUUUAAGGCCUAGCAAAGUCCGGGAUGCGUACACAGGUGGUCUGGCUCCAGAAUUUGCCUUGCUUUAACCUCUGCUGGACCAUGGGGGCCUCCAGGACAUGACCCCAUGGUUUCCAGUUUAUGUUUCUCUAACCUCCAAGGUGCAGGCGACUGGUUGCAGGCAAGCAGACAUUUGUAUACCUUUUCCCCACAGGUACUGGUGGGCCCACGGCUGUCUAAAGCAGAGCGUGGGUCUGGAGUAGAUGUGGCUGUCUUCUGCAGCCUCUUUGGGGCCACAGGACCAGGUGCUGUUUGAGUGACAUACUGUUCUGUACUCUGCCCCUCAGGGGCUCCUGUGCUGGACAUGCCUGUGCCCACAGAGGGCACCCCGCCACCCCUGAAUGGCACCCCGGUCCCAGUCCCAGUCUACUUCCGCCACGCAGAACCUGGCUUCUCCCUCAAGAGGCCUGGGGGGCUCAGUCGGAGCCUCCCACCCCGGCCCCCCGCCAAGGGUAGCAUCCCUGUCAGCCGCCUCUUCCCUCCUCGGACUCCGGGCUGGCACCAGCCCCAGCCCCGGCGGGUGUCCUUCCGAGGGAAAACCUCCGAGCCCCUGCAGAGCCCCGUGUAUGACCCGAGCCGGCCUGAGUCCUUCUUCCAGCAGAGUUUCCACAGGCUUGGCCGCCUGGGCCAUGGCUCUUACGGAGAGGUCUUCAAGGUGCGCUCCAAGGAGGAUGGCCGGCUCUAUGCAGUGAAGCGUUCCAUGUCACCAUUCCGGGGCCACAAGGACCGGGCCCGCAAGCUGGCUGAGGUUGGCGGCCAUGAGAAGGUGGGGCAGCACCCGCGCUGCGUGCGGCUGGAGCAAGCCUGGGAGGAGGGAGGCCUCCUGUACCUGCAGACGGAGCUGUGCGGGCCCAGCCUGCAGCAGCACUGUGAGGCCUGGGGGGCCGGCCUGCCUGAGGCCCAGGUCUGGGGUUACCUGCGGGACACCCUGCUCGCCCUGGCCCACCUACAUGGCCAGGGCCUGGUCCACCUUGAUGUCAAGCCCGCCAACAUCUUCCUGGGGCCCCGGGGCCGCUGCAAGCUGGGUGACUUUGGGCUGCUGGUGGAGUUGGGUGCAUCCGAAGCUAGCGAGGCCCAGGAAGGAGACCCCCGCUACAUGGCCCCUGAGCUGCUUCAAGGCUCUUAUGGGACAGCGGCCGACGUGUUCAGUCUGGGCCUCACCAUCCUGGAAGUGGCAUGCAACAUGGAGCUGCCGCAUGGCGGGGAGGGCUGGCAGCAGCUGCGCCAGGGCUACCUGCCCCCGGAGUUCACUGCUGGCCUGUCUUCUGAGCUGCGUUCUGUCCUCACCAUGAUGCUGGAACCUGACCCCAAGCUGCGGGCCACGGCCGAGGCCCUGUUGGCCCUGCCCAUGCUCAGGCAGCCGCGGCCCUGGAGCGUCCUGUGGUACAUGGCUGCCGAAGCCCUCAGUCGAGGGUGGGCCCUGUGGCAGGCCCUGCUGGCCCUGCUGUGCUGGCUCUGGCAUGGGCUGGCUCACCCUGCCAGCUGGCUGCAGCCCCCUGGUCCGCCGGCCACCCCGCCUGGCUCGCCACCCUGCAGCCUCCUCCUGGACAGCAGCCUCUCCAGCAACUGGGAUGAUGACAGCAUAGGGCCUGCGCUCUCUCAAGAGGCUAUCCUGGCUAGGGCCUCCGGGAGCACCUCCACCCCCUGCAGUGGCUCCCCUGCCCCCCGGAGCAGGUACACGCUGAGGGAUGCUCUGGAUCUAAGUGACAUUGACUCAGAGCCCCCUCGGGGCACCUUCCCCUCCUUUGAGCCUCGGAACCUCCUCAGCCUGUUUGAGGAUUCACUGGGCCCAGCCUGAGCCUGUGGGCUCAAGCUCGGCACUUUUAACCUUU